GUCGAAUCAAAAUGAAGUGUUUGUUGUCACUGAUAGGCUAAGAAUUGCAAACCUUCCCUGAGGUUGAUACGGUGCCAUUGUUGUACAACUUGCAGCGGCUUUCGUACAAGCGAUCAGCAAUUAUCGAUUUCAAAAAGUGCACGGCAUUUAUUUUUUCGUUGCCGUGCAUUUUUUAAAUACAUAAUUUUAGCACAAGAUACCGCCGUUUAUGUAAAGGGCUGUGGAAGCGCGCCGGUAUCUUCGAAUUCUGAACUUUUGCCCAGUACGAGGAUAUAUGUGACAUAGUUACGAGAGAUUUCUAAGGAUUCGAGAAAUCAAUUUUGCGGUGCGUCCGUUUUGCGUACGCAAUUACGCUUUGGGAUCAACGUGGUUCAGCAUGGAAUCCAUGCAAAUUGACGAUCCCGUGGUUGAUCUCAGCGUCAAACUUACACCAUCCUCUCGGAAAAAGCGCCAUAGUGCACGUGGAACCCAUGCUAAUGAAGAUUCUGGAGAAGAAGAUCUUUCCGCAAAAUCCUUUGCGGCUAAGAAAGAAAAGACCAAUGAUUUGGACACCGAUGAUCAUGGACUGCGCCGAUCCUCAAGACGCCGCGCAGAGAAGAGUUACGCGGAAGUCCCGGACAUCAUAUUGCAGUCCGACGAAGAAAAAUCUGGCGAUGAAGACUCAGACGACGAAAACUUCGUUCUUCCCGAAUAUAAGGAAAUGCCUGAAAGCGAAAGGCAGGAAAAGGAAAGAGAAGUUGCAUUACUGAAGGAGAAGCUUAGGAACGAGGAAUUGAAGCUAGUGCUGAUCAAAGAGCUGUAUAGGCGGCAUGAGCAAACACGAGAAUCCAAGGCGGUUCCUGCUUUGACCAAGUACGAAAACAUGAACGGAGACGGCCCUGUGGCGCUGACUGUCAACCGGACAAAUGGUCCCCAAGCUCACAGCGCCCCCGUGAAUUACCACAAACGUCCCGAACCGAGGCUUCCAGCUAAUCUCACGAUCACCAAAGCUCCUGUGGCACAUUCGCAAGAUCACGGGUCUCACGCCGGCUCCAUUCAGCAACCUCCUCCCAACAUGCCCCCGGGAUUAUAUCACAAAAUGAGCUCCUCCGUUCCACUGGGACCACCUGCUCCUUCGAAACAUUCUUCGGCCAAGGUUCAAAAUCCGUACCGCCCGCGUUCAUCAGGCGCUGCCAUGCUUCCUCCGGAUGUUUCCAUCCGAGCCACGUCCUCAUCUAGACCCCCUAGCACUGGACCGCAAGGUUUCCAAGGUUCGAGGUCCCAGUCGUCAUCAGUGUCGCAAAACUCGCUGACGUCGGCAACGUCGACUUCCUCUUCCUCGUCGCAGCGAGAGGAACAGCAAACGCCUGCGCAACGUCAAGCCGCAGCAAAACUUGCUUUACGGAAGCAGCUGGAGAAGACUCUGUUGCAAAUCCCACCGCCGAAACCGCCGCCACCGGAGAUGCACUUCAUUCCCAACGCCGCCAACAUGGAGUUUAUCUACUUGGUCGGCCUGGAGUGUGCUGUCAAUUACCUGCUCAAAGACCCGAAUCCGUUUCACGCCCAGCCGCAGAAAGUGUCGCCUGCGGAAGGUUUUCGCUGCUCGCAGUGCGACACUGAUUUUACUCCUGUUUGGAAGUGGGACAAAACGAAGAAGUGCAAAGGGGACGGAAGAAAGCCGGUGAUUUGCGAGCUGUGCGUGACGACGAACGUGAAGAAGGGCCUGAAGGCGCAGCACACGAAUAGACUGAAGCAGGCGUUCGUCAAGGCCCUGCAACAAGAGCAAGAAAUUGAACAGCGCAUGGCAUCUUCGCCUCAGCCCACGACGCCGUCUUCAGGCGGCGUCUCGGCGACACUGGUCGACGACGGACGACGCAGCUCGGCAUCCGCAUCUGCGUCGCCAGUGCCUAAGCCGAAGCAGCGAGGGUCGUCUAAUUCGACGUCGUCGUCGUCUUCGAGUUCUGCGCAGUCAGCUGCAGCUGCGGCGAAUUUGGCGGCUGCAGCGGCUGCUAUGGACCCGGCCAAGUUGUUGGCCCAGGCCGCGGCGUCUAAUCCGCUGCUGACGGCUGCGCACCAGCAGUUUUUGAGGAGCUUGCCUCAAGCCCCGAUGCCAGCGCACCUGUUGAAUCCAAAUCUGUUCAACCCUCUUUUGUAUCCCUAUCAGCUUGCUGCGAUGGCCGCGGAUUGGAGCAUGCAAGGGGGAAAGAUGCCACAGGUGCCCACGUCGGCGGCGUCGGCAGCCGAGAUCCAGCGCCAAACGGCGGAACUGCAGCGGCAAGCAGAGGCCAUGCAACGUCAGUACCUGCUCGACAUGAUCCCCCACAACGCCCUGCCACAAUCCCUGCGUGAGUUAUUCAAGAUGGAAGAUUUGAUAAGUGGCUUGAAAGGGGUUGAGGUCGAGGCUCUACCGGUGAAUGCUGCUAGAAUUCAUCCAAGGCGGCGUCAAGAGGCACUGAACGCAAAACGUUUUGGCUCAAAUACGGAAAAUGUCGAGUCUGAAACGAGGAAGAAACGUGUUUCACUUGAUUUCCCGAAUGAUUAUGCUAAGGAACUGCGGCAUUUGAUUGACGGAGAUUCCACAUUAAUAGAAUGCGUACGAAGCCACAAUUUGAAGAAUGCGUUGAUGCUUUCCGAAUGGCUCGUGGAGGUGCCUCCAAACAUGGAAGAAAACUGGGUGUUUACUCUGUGUCCCGUGGGGAGAAGAACACUCGUGGUCGCUACUCAAGGGAAAACGAAGGCGUUUACCAAGAUGGGUUACCUCGUGAACACCUUUGAAUCUCGGUUGCCCGGUUCAGGCAGCCACAACGAUGACAUAACCGUUCUUGACUGUAUCGUUUCCCUCGAAACAAGAACAUACUUUGUUUUGGAUGUCAUGUGUUGGAAAGGGAACGUGCUCCUCGACUGUGAUAAAGAAUGCAGAGCAUUUUUCACAAGAUCCCGAAUGUCUGAAAAUUCUUCGCUUGCGGAAACCGGAACUGGGCACUUCUUCAAAUUCGUACCCUUGGAUUAUUUGCCAUGCGCUAAAGUUGAACUGGAGAAUGCGAUGCGUAGGUCCGAAGACAUUUUUCAGGGUGGGGAAAAACUUGACGGAAUAUUGUUUUAUCACAAACUGGGCGCCUACACAUCUGGCUAUACACCACUAGCUACUUGGCUGAAGCCCCACAUGUUGCCUGACAUAUUGAACGUAUCUGUCCCGGAAGAAUUCCUCAAGACAGAUGAAGCGAUGGAGGGAAAUCCUGAGUCGAUCCCGAUUUCAAGUUCUGACAUGGAAGUUGAUAAGAAUAAACGCUCGAAGAAAAUCAAGAAUUCUACGAACAAGAAUUAUGAUAUGAAGGAUGCUGAUGAUAUUGCUGGGGGAGGGGCCGGGGUGUUCGUUGGAGUGAAAAAAGAGACGGUCAAUUUGGUGGACGCGAUGACGUUCCAGCCAAAUCUAGUGGUGCCAACCGUGCUAUGGGGUCAGCACGCCCCUACGCAUUGCCCCUCGGUUGUUACCAUUUCGAAGGACAUGAAGACCAUUGCUUCUGGUUCUCUAGAUGGACAAGUGAUACUCUGGGAAAUGGAUCCCAAGACAGUCAAGAUAACUCCGCGGUUGAUGUUGAUGGGACACAAUGCUCCUGUGCUGUGCUUCGCGUCGGCUAGUCAUGGCAAAGACAUGAGUGCACUUAUAAGUGCUGCCGAAAAUGGGGAAAUGUGUCUAUGGGAUCUGCAAGGGGGACGAUGUGUGGAACACACAAAAUCGCCGAAUGUCCAUAUAAACUUCACUGGUUAUUACGUAGCUGAAACAAAUGAUUAUUGGUUGUUGGCGAAUGGUUACUAUCCUGGUGUUCAAGUCAUCAAUCCGACGACAUUACAGGUUCUAUUUACGUUGACAGCACGGAUAUCAGCUGAUUGGAUUAGUGCAUUGACGGUCGUCAAAUGGGCUGGGAAAAAUGAGGACGUGGUUGUCGGAGUGACGACGACGGGAGCUAUUAAAACUUGGACACUCACUGGGUCUGAAACCGCAAACUCUGAGCCUUAUUUCGAGACGGAAAGUCGACAACUACGGUGCUACAAUGCACUCAAACUCGUUUGUUGUCAGUAUAAUCCAAGAGUGCUGCUCAUGGUGUGCUCCAAAUUCUGGCAGAUUUACGACACGAGUGACUUUUCUUUAUUGGUGUCAACGACGAACCCGGUUGGAGAGCGAUUCUUGAGUGGAGAAUUCUUGACUACUGAGAAGAUAUUGAUGUGGACUGACUCGGGAAGAGGGUAUCUCUACUGGUUGCCUUCGAGAUCUGUAGCGGAGAACAGAGAUUUUCGGACACAGAAAUCUGGCGAAGACGAAGCGUUCUUGUUCUGCGAGUUGAUGGUGAAGAACGAUACG